UCGGUAGUUUUUGGUAGUCGUUGUUUGUAUUUAUUGGUGGUGAAAUUAAAACAUUUCGAUGGACAUUGCCGAUACAAUAAAGUUUCGUGAUAUUUGUAAAAUGAUGGAGAGAGUUAAGGCGGCGAAAAAUACGCAGCGUAAAGAAAUAGUCCUAAAGCGAUAUUACGAGUCCUUUUCAAAACAUCGAGAAUCGUUCCGCCAGAAAUCAGGUGUGGCGGUCAUUGAUGCAGAGGACGGGAGUAGCAGUUUUUAUUCGGUGCUGCGGCUGUUGAUACCAGGCGCGGAUAGAGCACGCGACAACUAUGGACUGCAGAUAACCGCCUUGGGAAGACUCUACACAAGAGUCCUGCAGUUAGCUAAAGAUUCUGACGAUGCUAUACGGCUGAAAAAUCGGACUUGGUCCUCGUUUCGAGACUACGCAGAUGUCAUCAAUUCCGUGCUGCUGCCCCGCUGUCACAAUGAGCCCAGCAACCUGACACUGAAGCAGAUACACGAUAUGCUUGAUCUGAUAGCAAAUGAGGACACAACCGUUAAGGAACGCGAGCUAAUACGCUUUACCGAGCUGGCCUCGGCUAAUGAACAAAAGUGGCUUAUACGCCUAUUGCUCAAGUCAAUGAAUCUGGGAAUUGGGGAGCAGCGCAUUUUUGAUCUGUUGCAUCCACUGGCCAAGGACAUGUACCAGCGAUGCACAGAUCUAAAGCGCAUUUGCAAUCUAUUGGCGGAUGAUAAGCUAUCAGUGUUAGCGGAAGCGCCGUCCAACAGAAGCAACACUGUCGUCGAUUUAAAUGCGUUCAUUGAGCCCUUUCAGCAAAUACGUCCGAUGUUGUGCGAAAGGUUUCCGGGCCAGAUUGAAGAAAUUAUGCAAUCGGAUGUGCUCUAUUUGGAAACUAAAAUGGAUGGUGAGCGUUUUCAGCUGCAUUACGCCCGCGGCAGAUUCAAAUAUAUAUCUCGCAAUGGCGCCGAUUACACUAAAAGCUUUGGUGAUAGCUAUGAUCGUGGCACUCUGACUCCACAUCUGCGAACACUUCUGCCCCUGGGCAUGGAGUCAAUCAUACUUGACGGCGAGAUGAUGAUCUGGGAUACGCAACAUCUGCGCUAUCGCGAGAAAGGAGAAAACACAGAUGUGAAGCAUUUGAAACCGGAACACAGCUGGCGACCGUGCUUUGUUGUUUAUGAUCUCCUAUAUCUGAAUGGGGAAAGUUACUUGGAUAUGACCUAUGUGCAACGUGCCUACAAGCUGCAGGAGUUGCUCAACGAGCAGCAGGGCGUACUGCAGAUAAUGAAAGGCCACAAGAUUAGUUCGCUAGAGCACUUUAACCAGCUCUUUCAACAGAUGCUCGACUCCAAUGCCGAAGGGAUUGUUCUCAAGAAACAAAAUUCGAUAUACAAGCCAGGAGUUCGUGUGGGCGGUGGAUGGUACAAGGACAAAGCUGAUUACAUCGAAGGUCUUAUUACUGAAUUUGAUGUUCUUAUCAUGGGAGGCUUUUACAAUCGUCAUCGGACUUUUAUUGAAUCGUUUUUACUCGGCGUACUGAAACCUGCUGGCGACAAUGGACGUGAUGAAGUUUACAGCAUCGGUUGUGUGGCCAACAACUCGCGUCAGCGCCGAGUGCUUCAUCAUGAACUGAAUCCACAUUGGCACAUUUCUAGUACAGAGCCACCACCGCUCUGGUAUCACUAUAAGCCCAACGAGAAGGAAGGCUGUCCCGAUGUUUGGAUCCAACCCGACAAGUCAAUAAUACUGCAAGUAAAGGCAGCAGAUUUGACGCCUAAUGGCGCCUUCUUUACACCCAAAUCCCUUCAUUUUCCGCGUAUUCAACUCAUGCGCGAUGACAAGGUGUGGAACGAAUGCAUGACGCUACAUGAAUACACGGAAUUAUGCCAGGGUCGGGUUGCAAUCAAAAAAUUGAACAAGCGUCAUGUGGAUCUUAAUGAUUUCACUUCAAAACGCAAACGUCAAAAAUUGACGCCCGCAGAACGCAAUCGCAUUGGAUUAAUGGCUUAUGAAAAGCGAUACGAUGUACAGCCGUUGGAAAAUGGCUCUCAGCUUUUUAAUGGCUUUAGCUUUUGCAUAUUAAGCGGAAAGCGUGGACACAGCAAGCAGCAGCUGCAAACACUUGCCGCUCAAAACGGCGGCACUAUUGUUCAGAACCCAUUGCCGAAUGAUCCGAAGUGCAUUUGCAUAUCCGGUGAUCGAAUCUAUCUGGUAGACCGUCUAAUGCGGCAGCAGCCACGAACCAAUGAUAUUUUGCAAAUGGAUUGGCUACUGCGCGUUUGCCAAAAGCAACAGAUCGAGCUGCGUCCCAAGGAUGUGCUGUCAGCCACCGAUGCGCUGCAGGCGCAGUUUGAUAAAAGCUUUGAUAAAUUUGGUGACAGCUUUACGGAUGUACUUAGCAGCCAACAGGAGCUACAGGAGGUGCUACAGGACAUUAGCGAAACUCAGCUGGAUUCAAAAUAUGUCAAACAAUCUGAUUUGGAUAAUCUUGAGCAGGAAUUACUGGGUGCUACUAGCAUUAAUAUAUUUUCCAAACACUUUGGAUUCUUCUACAAUCCAGACGCAGACGAGAUGUCCAGGCUGUUGUUCAUGCAGCAUGGCGGUAAAUUAGUCGGUAGUUUAGAGGAGAUGAACCCAACAUUGGUAUUUGUGUGUCCCGACCGUCUGAAUCGACAUUGCUUUGAGCCGUGGCAUCUUAAGAAUUUAUCUUCGCGUAAUGUUAAAACUGUGAGCACGGAUUGGAUACGGCAAUCGCAUCGUGCCAGCUGCACUCUGUCCACUGAUGAGUUUCUUUUUAAAUUUUAAUUGUUGACUACCAAGGAAAAUCAAUUGUUUGUUUAUACACAUGGGGACAUCAACUUCGGUAAAUUUUUUUUUUCAAUGCAUGGCAUUUUGGGUUAUUAUCGUUAUUUAUUUAUUAAAUUUCAAUAAGUUAUUAAAGUAACCAUAAAUUAGAAUUUAAAAAAUUAUUUUGGAGGUAUGAAUUCAAAAGACACAUUUAUUUGAAAUCCAUAUGGGCCAUUUAAAUGGAAAUAGAUCAAUUUUUACCCUUUUUUUAAGCACUAGUUUCCGUGUCUGCAUUAAUUAUUUAAAGUGUAAAUGCUAUUAUCGGGAUCUGCGAAAUAAGCAAAAAAUAUAAAGCAAUAAAAUAAAUCUUUUUUUGAAAAUCUUGCAUGAAGCCAGGCAUAACGAAAUCGUAUGACUUGUAUUCAUGAUUUUAUCAUAA